CUCCCGCCGAAGCGCCCGCGCCACUCUCUCGCCGCUGCCCAUGCCCGACGAGCCAGAGGCUGCUGCGCCGGCCGGCGAGGCGGGCCUCUCGAAGAACGAGCAGAAGCGGAGGGCCAAGCAGGAGGCCCAGGCCAAGGCUAAGGCCGAGAAGGCGGCGGCCAAGGCAGCCGCCGAUGCGGCAAAACCAAAGCCGGCGGCGGCGGCGGCGGCACAGGAGGAGGAGGAGGAGGAGCAGGACCCGACCAAGUACUUUGAGAACCGGCUCACCUUUGUCAACGGCGUCAAGGAGAAGGGCGCCAACCCGUACCCGCACAAGUUCCAGACGUCGAUGCAGCUGCCCGACUACGUCGCAAAGUACGAGUCGAUCGGCUCAGGAGAGAUGUCGGCGGACGGCGGCGUCGGCCUCGCCGGCCGGAUCGCCACCAAGCGCGCGGGCGGAAAAGGCAGACUCGUCUUCUUCGACGUGGUCGGCGACGGAGCUAAGGUGCAGGUCUUCGCCUCCGCCGACAAGUUCAGCGACUACGCCGGGCUCGAAAAGGACGAGAAGGCGGCCCGCUUCUCCGCGCUGAUGUCGACUCUCAAGCGCGGCGACAUUGUCGGCGUCCGCGGCACUCCGGGCAAGACGAAGCGCGGCGAGCUCUCCCUCUUCCCGACGGAGAUGACGCUGCUGACUCCGUGCUUGCACAUGCUGCCCAAGGUCCCUCCCGGCUCGAGCGGCCUCGCAGACAAGGAGACUCGCUACCGCCAGCGCUACCUCGACCUGAUCAUGAACCCGACGACGCGCAGCACGUUCAUCACCCGCACGCGCGCCAUCAACUUCCUCCGCCGCUUCCUCGACAUGCACGGCUUCCUCGAGGUCGAGACGCCGAUGAUGAAUGCGAUCCCGGGCGGCGCGACGGCGCGCCCCUUCAUCACCAAGCACAACGACCUCAACCUCGACAUGUACAUGCGGAUCGCGCCCGAGCUCUACCUCAAGAUGCUGGUCGUCGGAGGGCUGGACAGGGCGCACGCCACCGCUGUGCACGGGCGCCUCUUCACAGCCGGAGGGGUCGCGAGCAGGCACAACCCCGAGUUCACGACGUGCGAGUUCUACUGGGCGUACGCGGAUUACGAGGACCCGACACCCCCCCCACACACACGCACACACUGCUCACCCACGCGCACUGGUCCCCACGUUGAAUGCCGUGGCGUCUCUUCACACUCGCUGCUGUGCACAGGACCUGAUCAAGUUCACGGAAGAGCUCCUCUCGCAGAUGGUGCCGCACACACUGGGGACGACACGUCCGCGACACGUCCACGACAUGGGCUGUGCGCCGAGCACGGCGUCGAGUGCAAGCCGCCCCUCACCACCUACCGGCUGCUCGACAAGCUCGUCGGCGAGUUCCUCGAGUCGCAGUGCCUGCACCCGACCUUCAUCACGGACCACCCGAAGAUCAUGUCGCCCCUCGCGAAGGACCACCGGUCCAAGCCCGGCCUGACGGAGCGGUUCGAGCUCUUCGCAAACUACCACGAGAUGUGCAACGCGUACACGGAGCUCAACGACCCCGUGGAGCAGCGCGCGCGCUUCGCGGCGCAGGCGACGUGGCGGCGAAAGGCUGCGGGCGACGACGAGGCGAUGUUCGUGGACGACGGCUUCAUCACGGCGCCGGGCCCCGCGCUCGAGUACGGCCUGCCGCCGACGGCGGGGUGGGGCAUGGGCAUCGACCGGCUGUGCAUGCUGCUGACCGACAACGAGUCCAUCAAGGAGGUGUUGCUCUUCCCGGCGAUGCGGCCCGUCGGCAUGGCCGCCGACUUCAACCCCGACUGCCAAUAGCCGCCAUCAAGGACGCCGUCACGUCGCCGCCCCGACAGCACCAGGGGGGAGCCACCAUCGGCAGCUAGCUCACACGAAGCCACCUUUCCUGUGUGGGGGUGGCGUUUCGUGUACCAUACGGCUCUGGAGAGCGCCUGGUUCUUUCAUACGUGGCUCACCCGUAAUGCC